CCUCUAGGGGUGCAUUGCAAAGAUGGGGUCCAACUGAUGACAGCAUUCGGUGUGAGUGUUUCGCAAAAUGUUUUGUCAUCGUCCUUCCUCGCAGCGUGGCUGCGGGAGGUUCACUUGUUGGGAUAAGAGGAAUGACCGGAUCCGUCCUCCAGGCACCAUGUCCCCGAAUGACUUCGAGGGAAUGAAACGGAAAAGGAAAUGGGAAGCGUUCAUGAACGCCGCCUUCAAAAUGACACCUGAUUCCGGUUUCAUGAACUCGUACCUGGAGAACGAGUACUGCAAGGACUGGACGAACAAGAUGCGCGGAUACAUGAAUCUUGCGCAGUGCGGCGAGACGGUAUGGCCGCUAGUACAUAAAUUAUUUGCCAUGUACGAGAAAGGGCUAUUGCCGAAAAUCGACGGUGUGGGAUACAUCGACCUGCCGGGGAAAGUGGAAGGGAGGCUGCCUGGGCAAUACUUCCUCAAGGACAACUCCGACAAAAAAGUCUUGUUCCACUGCAUCAAGGUCAGAAAGGGGCCACCAGGCGCAACGGUGUCUAUACCUGAUUUGACGCCUACAAUCUUCAAGCAGUUUGGCGAUAUGACAGCGAGAGAGAAACAAGUGGCGCUUCACCACAUGAUGCAUGGUGAUGUCAUCGUGUCAUCACGUACGGUUGUUCAAUGGUUAUGCAACAUGGCGGACCUGGUGAAAUAUACUCGGCGUGAAAGGUAUAUGAUCCGUAUGUUCAACUACAUAUUGUUCAAGGCCGAUGGAAGGUCAAAAGAAGAGUGGAACGCUGACUUCUUCAUCGAUUAUACGACCAUCUUGGAGAGGUACAGCAAAAACAGUCUGUCUGAUGAGAAAUUGACCGAGGAACGCGACCUCAUCCCUGACGACAAGGCGAGGAAGGUGCCGAGGCGUUUGGGCGGUCCUGAUGAGGAAAAUGGUGAGAACGGUGCGGGACUGGAGGCAACCCAAGGCAUGUACAAGGAAGCCCCGUUGCACCUCAAGUGUUUCAUUUACGAGGCGAUCGACUGCUUGGACGACCUGAGAGCGAAGGUUAAUCGAAUAUCCUCCAGUGUUUGUCACAUCUUUUGGGAAGUGAGGAAGAGGAUUACCACGAUCCUGCCAUUUGAAAUCGAACCGAAGGGAGUGCUCACCGACAACGAGGAGGUUGUUGGUACGACGAGGGGGAUGAAGAUACGGGCAACCAUUCUUGACAUGUCAACAUCACCGAACUGUGUUCCGUGGGAUGAUGACGCAUUUUCUGAACUGUACGCUUUCCUCAUGACAUGUUGUGGCGAAAAUUGGGCCUUGAUCAUUUUCGUGUCGAUGAAGCACCAGAAACAGGUGAUGCAGAGUGUGUACAAGUGGGAUGAUGUUGAGGUGCUCACUGGGUCAUGGUACAAAUACUACACACCUUCGACAACCUUGAAUAAGUACGGCAACAUUGCAGUUCGGUACACUGACAUGAUGGCUAUUGUCCUCCACGCCGAGAACGACAAUUUGGACAAUAUAACGGUUGCGCCGAAAUUGCGAGCCGAGUUGACAAAUUUGAACGUUGAAGAGGGAGAAUUUGUGAGGUGCUCAGGGGAGUGUAUCGGCGUGUCAGGCGACAUUGACCCGGUUUAUUCUUGGAUGGAACGAGAGUCAGCACGUCUCCGAAAACUAUGCAGCUCGUUCAUCAGGGAGGACGAUGGCGUGAUGUUGUUGGGCAGGGCGCAUGCGGGACUAGUUUGGGAACUCGCUCGCGCCGGACACCACGUGUUUGCGUGUGACGACGUGACAAAAGAGCUCACAUACCUUUCCAAGUUUUUGGAGUUUUAUGUGAAGGAUCCGAGGAACAAAUCUAGGUUCGAAAAGCCCCAAAUCGAGCACCGCAAGGACCGGGACAUAUGCUACAAGCUCGGCAGAAAGAGGGAGAAAGUGUGGGCUUACUUGUUCGGUGACAGCCCACAGUCGGCGAUUGAUAACGACUACGUCAUCAGGAAAAGUGAACUUGAGAUAACAAUGAACGAGUACCACGACUCGCACAUGGGCAAGUGGCACAUGGUUGUGAAGAAAAGAGACCGCGGGUGGGUCGGGAAGGAAAGAAAGGACGCUGCGAUAUGGCACAGCGUGACGGAAACGCAACUUUUUCGACGAGUGAAAAAAGAAAAUGCCAGUGCAGGCGAGGUGGCUAUAGCGGCAAAGGCGAAAACAUUGUUUGAGCAUCUGCGUGCGAACAAACAACUGGAAUUCAGCACAAAGUUCUACGACCUUGCAUCAAGUGUGUUGUACGGCUCCAUCGAUUGGAAAGUCGAACAGGCGCCAUCAUUACAAGGAAUCGAAAGCAUCAACUCUCUGAAGACUCAAGACGUCAUCGUGUCUAACACCAUCGUCGCAAUUGCUAGAGGGGAUGCAGCCUGCCAAACGGACACACGUGCAAACGCAACUCACGUGCACAACGAACAGUUGCGAGCAUGUGCUCAACAAAGCACACAGAGAAGCGCAAUGGGGGAUUCCACUAUGAUUCGCAAGGACGGCGACGACAUGGAGUCAAGCACAUUGGCGGAGCAGCCAACGGGGGGGGUCAACGAUGGGGCAACAAUCGUCGGAUCUUUCGGGUCUCUUGUAGCCACAAUGGCGGCGAGGCAAGGUGUAUCCGAGAUGAUGGAGACCGAUGCUGGGCAGGAUGGUGAAAGUCAGACGGUGAAGGUGGUACAAGAGGAGGAGGCAGCAUCAACAGAGCAGACGAAGAAAGGUGAGGGAUCCCGCGAACAAAAUUUCAUAAUAGAUAUGAGAUCGGAGAGUACGGACAAGGAUAUGAUCCAAAAUAACGAGCGGAAAGAUGAGUACGCUGCACCAAGAGUGGAAGGUGACCACGAAGAGGACGCGCAACGACUGAGACGGUCGACGAGAGUUGUGAUAAAGAAAACUAUGGUAGAUGCAUAGACAAUGCUUAGACAGACAUGGGUGUCUAUACGUUUCUGGUUAUAUUGAUGUGUUGUCACUAAUGAUGAUGGGAUAUUCAUCCGGGCCUCACAUGGGUGUCUACGCAUUUUUUGUUAUAUUGAUGUGUUGUUGCUACUUACUAUGUUAGGAAAAUAUGCUAGACAGGAAUGGGGGGUAUCUACGCGUUUUAGGUUAUAUUGUUGUGUUACUGGAAGUGUUAUUGUGACACUUCAAUUCUCGAAAUUGCACUGCCGAUCAUAGAGGGUACCCCAUCUCGAUACGUAGGUGUGUGUGUGUGUGUGUGUGUGUGUAGGCAGAGGUGGACUCGUUAGCAGCGUUAGGUUCUGUGUGUGGAUUAAAUUGUGUGCGCAUGCUUGGUACAGUUUUAUAAUAAAGGCAUAUGAAAACA